AUGGCCACAACAGAGCAGAAGAAGCUCGACGUCGAAAGUCAUGGCGUCUCCGAUGCGUCGCCCAACCACAAUCAGCGUCGGUCAAGCGUUGGUGAGAAAGUGCGUGGCAGUAUCUCUCUUGGCGGCGCCGACGAGCGUGCCAUCGAGGGCCAAGUCUUCAGCAUGAACGAUGUUGAUCCCGCUCUUGACGCGAAGAUGCGACUCGUGAACCAGACCAUUGAUGAGAUCGGCUGGACAAAUUUCCAUCUCAAGCUCUUCUUCUUGAACGGAUUCGGAUAUAUGGCAGAUUCGCUCAUUCUGCUUCUUCAGUCUGUAACUGCUGGCCAGGCGGCAAGGGAAUUUCUUCCCAGUUUCACUCGCGGUUUGACUGUGGCUGCAUAUUCUGGUAUGCUUAUCGGCGCUCUGUUCUGGGGACUAGGCGCAGACGUUAUUGGCCGGAAGUAUGCGUUCAACUGCUCACUCUUCAUUUGCUCCGUGUUCGCUAUUGUCGCCGGGGCGUCUCCCAACUGGUACGUUCUCGGGUUCUUCGUGAGUGUCGCAGCCUUUGGGGCAGGAGGCAAUCUCGUUCUAGACACAACUGUGUUUCUGGAGUUUCUACCUGGCCGCUAUCAAUGGCUUCUUACCUUGCUGGCCUGCUGGUGGGGAUUGGCUCCUGUCAUUGGUGCUGGUUUUGCCUGGCCUCUCCUGUCUCUGCCACAGUAUAUCUGCGCGGAAGACGCGGAUCCCUGCCGACGAGAAGAUAACAUGGGGUGGCGGUAUAUCUGGUUUGGCAACGGCGCCUUGGUGCUCGUCCUGAGUAUUCUACGUGUGACAGUCAUUCGACUUAACGAGACGCCCAAAUACCUCCUCGCCAAGGGAUACGACGAGGAAGUUGUGGAGUGUUUCCACAAGAUUGCGAAAAAGUACAACCGUCCCUGCAGCCUAACCCUUGAACAGCUGCAAGACUGUGGGCACAUUAAGUCUACCUACGGAGGCUCACGUUAUGGCUUCGCUGAGUUCUUCGCGCAUCUACGAGGCUUGUUCCAGACAAAGCGACUUGCCAUUUCGACAAGUCUGAUUUGGCUUUCUUGGACGCUCAUCGGGCUGGCAUAUCCGUUGUUCUAUGUGUUUCUGCCAGAGUUUCUAGCCUCGCGUGGAGCAGAGACAGGAGAAGACAGUCCCUACUACACCUGGAGGAACUACCUCAUCUCCAACACGGUAGGAAUAUUCGGCCCUGUCCUAGCUGGGUUCAUGUGCAACACGAGACUCCUCGGGCGCAAAUACACAAUGGUGAUCGGCGCAUUGAUCACGAUGGCAUUCUUCUUCGCCUACUCCGCUGUGAAAACGGCUGCUGAGAAUCUCGGGUUUACCUGUGCCAUUUACUUCUUCAUCAACAUCUACUACGCUGUCUCUACGCCUACACCCCAGAAGUCCUGCCGAGUGCCCAUCGCGCGACAGGAUAUGGUAUUGCCAUUGGCUGCAAUCGCGUAA